AUGACAUUAUUUGGCUCUGGCAAGGUGUCUGUCAAAAGACAAAUGUUCUUCUCAGUGUUCACAGACUGGCAAGACUUGAGUUCAAUAUUCACAACUGUUCUUGAAGAACUGACUUCCAUCGCUUCUACGGUCAGCACGCCAGACAUCAACUUUCUUGCAGCGGCAGUGAAAGACGCCCGGAACAUCUGCUGCUAUGGUGUUGGCCGCGAGGGUUUAGUGAUGAAGGCCUUGGCAUCCAAUCUGCACCACAUGGGAUUUGUAUCCUACUUUGUAGGUGACAUUAACAUGCCAUCUGUGGGGAAAUCUGACCUAUUUUUGGUCAGUGCUGGUCCCAGCUACUACAGCUCGGUCAGUGCACUUGCCCUGGAGGCCAUGCGCCUUGGUGGGAAAGUAAUAGCAUUCACUUCCCACAAGACAGCCGAGCUUCCAUUUGCCGAGCAUGUGAUCCGAAUUCCAUCCCAGACUCUGGCCCCCUCAAUACCCAGCGGUGUUGGCAAGAGAUCGCCGGAGGGAUCUGACACUGUCUCAUUUCUUCCUGGGGGCCAGGGAAGCAUACUGCACAUGGGGGCUUCUUAUGAGCUGAGUCUCUGGUUGGUGCUCGAGUGCAUGUCAGUCAUGCUGCGCAAGAAGUGCAAAGUAGGCUCGUCCGAAAUGCGCAACCGCCACACUAAUCUCGAGUGA